GGAUUAUGGGAUCUUGGAGGACUUGUGCUAGGAGGUGCAGCAAGGGCUGAGGGUUGUGGGAUACUGGAGGACUGGCAGGUUGAAGAUGGGAGGAGAGUGUGAGUGGAGGUCCGGCCAGUGACUGGAAUGGGUGCACCAGGAUCCACACAAUGGCACAGAUAGAGAAGAAAGGAGGGCUUCUCCGCAAAGCAUCGUCCACCAAAAAACUCUUGAAGGAGAAGGUGGUUUUAAUGUACGAUGAAAUCUUCAAGCAUGAAGAUCCAGCUAAGAAUUGUCCUCGAUUCUGGGAGGAACUCUUCCUGAUGAAGGUGAACCUUGAGUAUUUGGAGACGAAGCUGGAGUCUGUGGAUGGCGAAGAACUGAUGAAGCUGAAGGAUAAUAUCAACAGCCUCUUCCAGCACUGUAUAGUGGCCUUAAACGAAGAGCACCAGAUUAAAGUGGUGAAUGCAUUGCAGACACUAUGUGCACUGAUCCGGGGAGUCCAUCAGAAAAACAAGGCGACCUCCGGCUUCGACAUCAUCAACAUGUUGAUGGGCUUUGACAAGGCGGAGCUCAGGAUGAAGAACCUGGUGGAAAGUUUGGACGCGUUGCUGUGCGGAGAUGGUUCGGAGAGCUUGAAGAGUCUCUGCCUGAAGCUGCUGCUCUGUCUGGUCACGGUUACAGACAAUAUCAGCCAGAACACAAUCUUGGAGUACGUGAUGAUUAACAGUAUUUUUGAAGCCAUUCUUCAGAUUCUCUCGGUGGCAUCCAGCAGAGUGCAGCACGGUUACGAUGGGGUCGUGCUCCUGGCGCUGCUUGUUAACUACAGAAAGUAUGAGUCGGUGAACCCGUACAUUGUGAAGUUGUCCAUUGUUGAUGACGAGGCCACGUUAAACGGAAUGGGCCUGGUCAUCUCGCAAGCAUUGACGGAAUACAACAGACAGUACAAAGAUAAGGAGGAGGAAAACCAAGGAGGAUUCUUCUCUGCUUUAACCAACAUGGUGGGUAAUAUGUUCAUCGCAGAAGUUGAGGAAAAGAUUUCCGUCCAGACCAAUGAGGCCAUCUUGCUGGCGUUGUACGAAGCCGUUCACUUAAACCGAAACUUCAUCACAGUAUUAGCGCAGAGCCAUCCCGAGAUAGGAUUGGUCAGUAUUCCAACAACACCUGUACUCCCGACGACUCCAACCACACCCUUGGGCACCACGCCUCCUUCAUCAGAUGUGAUGAAUUCUUCAGAGCUUCCACUGGAUCCAAACCUUCACACCAGCAACCUGCUUAUCACCUUCCUCAAGUAUUGCUCCAUUGUCAUGCAGGAUACAAAAGAUGAGCAUCGGUUGAACAGUGCCAAACUAUGCCUGAUCAUACUCACCUGUAUAGCGGAGGAUCAAUACGCGAAUGCCUUUCUCCACGAUGAUAACAUGAACUUUCGGGUCAACUUGCACAGAAUGCCCAUGAGACACCGGAAGAAGGCUGCAGACAAAAACAUCCCUUCACGGCCUCUGGUCUGUGCAGUGUUGGAUCUAAUGGUGGAAUUUAUGGUCACGCAUAUGAUGAAAGAGUUCCCUAUGGACCUCUAUGUGCGGUGUGUUCAGAUUGUUCACAAACUCAUCUGUUAUCAGAAGAAGUGUCGAGUACGAUUACAUUACACCUGGCGUGAAUUCUGGUCAGCACUAAUCAAUUUGUUGAAGUUCGUGAUGUCGAAUGAGACCGUGCUAUUGGGAAAGCAUAACAUCUUUGCCUUGGCCUUAAUGGUGGUGAAUUUAUUCAACGUUUUCAUUACCUACGGAGACACCUUCCUUCCAACACCAAGCAGUUACGAUGAACUUUACUACGAGAUCAUUCGAAUGCACCAGGUCUUUGAUAACUUGUAUUCAAUGGUCUUGAGGCUCUCAACAAACAGCGGCCAGUGGAAGGAACCAGCGAGCAAAGUCACACACGCGCUGAUCAACGUCAGAGCCAUCAUCAACCAUUUUAACCCCAAGAUAGAGUCGUAUGCGGCAGUCAAUCACAUCUCACAGCUCUCUGAAGAUCAGGUGCUGGAGGUUGUACGCUCCAACUACGACACACUGACCCUGAAGCUGCAGGACGGCUUGGACCAAUACGAGCGCUACUCAGAGCAGCCCAGGGAAGCAGCCUUCUUCAAAGAGUUGGUUCGCUCCAUCAGUCUUAACGUGAGGAAGAACCUUGCUGUGAACACCCUGAGUCAGGAGAUCUUGCUGAAAGAAUUCUCCUCCAUAUCCUGAGACGGACUCCCAUCGUGUCCUCCCCCAACGCACGGAUGCCUCCACUUCCUCCUCUUUUUCCUGGGUGGAUUUUACUUGUCGAAAGAAACAAUGGGAUUGUCUUCCUUCGGUGUCUGUGGCUGCCAGCUGUUUUGUUGUGACUUCUACCAGACCCAACCUGUCCCCAGCGCUGUGGAGAGAAACGUCAGAUUCUGCACCCCAACCUACAUUCAUCUCCUGUCGUUCUCCCUGUGACGAUCUUCGUGGAGCCGAGAUGGGGUCUCAGCAGCCUGGCGCAAACGUUUCUACCAACCCCCUCCCCCCUACUAACCCUGUCUGAUCUAUAACUUUAUUCCACCUUCUGCCGGUUUGGUUUCACCUCUCCUCAUCAUGGGCGACUCUGUGGCCAGUAACUGCAGACUCGCAAGCGUGAGAGUUCCUUGAGUAAAGCACAAGGAAUACGGGUUGGGUGGCGUCCAGGGAGGGAGAAACAUUUCGGGCCAGUGAGCCUCUGACCUCUCUGAGUUAUCGGUCCCACUCGCACCCAGCUCCCAGUGUAACCUGCCGACACACAUUUGCGAGGAAGUGACUCUCGAGCCGGGAAUGAGGUCCUGUGGUAGCUGCUCACAGGCAUAUUCGGCUGUGUGCUGGAGUGAUUUUUUUUCUUCUUUCUAUGUAGUGCUGAUCUUUAGUUACUGUGUUUACUGGAAGUACUGAUGGCUGGAGGUAAGCAAUACAGCGUCUAUAACCUCGUGUGGAUCGUGGUCUGAAAAUAAAGAGAUGUCACACAUCCUCCUUCCUCGCA